ACCUAAUUUUAGAAUUGGCAGCAUUGAUUAUUGUUUUGACGUUUAGCCAUACCAUAGACAUGACGAAAAAAUAACCUCAAUAUAUCCUUUGCGUUUGCCUUUCCCUAUUGGGGAUUAAUUUUAAAACAACAAUAACCUCAUAUAUAUUAUUAAGUAACUACUUAUAUUCUGCAUGUAAUAAUUGCCUAAAAUUGUAAAUAAACAUGAAUUUCUCGUUAUUCCGAAGUGCUUUGCGAAACGUAGCUACAAUAACAUAUAAAACAAACAAUAUUUUAAAUAUUUGCGGAGCACAAAAAAUUACGAAAAAUAUACAUACAACAUGUAAACAAUAUGAUUUAAUGGAAUUUUUCGACGAAAAAAAGAAUUGGAAUGAAUCAAAUAUCCGGGUAGGGAGAGCUUGGAAGUUAGAUGAAUUAAGAAUAAAAUCGAACACAGAUUUACACAAAUUAUGGUACGUGUUACUAAAGGAACGUAACAUGCUCUACACCAUGGAGCACGAGUGUAAUGAACAGGUACGUCUUUUUCCUAAUCCUGAGAGAAUUGAUAAGGUGCAAGAAUCGAUGAACAAUAUUGAGACAGUUGUCAGAGAAAGAAACGUAGCUUAUUAUAAACUAGAAACUGGCGAGACUGGAGAGCGCCCAGUAGAAGACGUAGUGAACCUCUUGGGUUUGAGCGAAAAAUAUCAAAAACAAGAGUAUCAUUUACCAAAGUUUAUGAACUCACGUUGGGUUCGAUCGUAUUUUGAACAUGGAUACAUAAAUAGUUUUGCAGUAAAGAAGUUUUAUAGAUUGUAUAAAGAAAAACUGCAUAAUGAGGCGAGAAAAGCAAGGAAUAGAGAAUUUAAUCAUGUUCAACAGUUACUAAAGCGUUUUCCUGAUAUGGAUAUGGAAAAAUUGAAGGCAGAAUAUCCAAAUGUUGACAUAGAAAAAGCAAAGCGUUCUAAGAAAGCAAGAGGACAUUUUAUGCCAAAAUAUUGAUAGUAGUAGUUGUAAUGUUUUAACAAGGGUAGGGUUGCCCCCGCUUACAAUGUUUCUGGGACUGCAGACAUCUAUAGGCUACGGUAAUCAUUUACCAUUACCAAUUGUAAACAAAUUAAACGCCUAUUGAAUAGUGAUCCAUAAUAAAAUAUUAAAAAAACAGUGUUUUCAUUUUUUUCAUAUGAAAUAUUCUAGAGGUAUCGAACAAUUUUAUUAGUUUUCUUACUUACUAUAUUCUAUUUCAAUUUUAUUGUUUUUUUAUUUAUUAUGAAAUGUAGUUCUUAUUUUAUGAAUGUUUUAUUAUUAUUAAUGAAAAGAAAAUUGUUGCAAGCUAUGGAAUUAUCACAUUCACAUAUCUUUUUAAGUUUUUCCUAAAAGAAGUAAAUAUUAAAUUAAAUUUAUUGAUA